ACCCCCUUCAUCAAUUCAACCAUUUGAAAAGAAUCAAAGUCCUCAGAUGAGCUCUGCUGUUGGAGUAAAGCAGCUCUUAUACGAUGAUUCCUCUCUUCUAUCUCACAGCUCUGCUGCUUUGGCCUGACACCGUUCAUGCAUUCCGCAGCGCACUGAAUGAUUUCCAGCGAUCCGAGGGGAGAGAGCUGGUCCUGAAAUCCUGGAACGUCAACCGUCUGACUGAACUUCCGGGAAUCACUUUGGAGGAUUGUGCUAAACGCUGCACACAGAGUCCAGAAUGCAGAGCUUUCAAUUAUGAGUUUCGUCCAUCUUUGGUGUGUAAACAUCUGCCCUCGGUGGGCGAUGGAGACAAUGCAGACGUCGAGAGAAACGUGAACUGUGACCUUUAUGAGAUGAAAGUCUAUGUAAGGAAGUGCAUUGUGGGUAAAGGAGAAGACUAUCGAGGGAAAGUGUCGACGACUAAGAAUGGACGAACAUGUCAACAGUGGUGGUCCAAAUUUCCUCAUGAUCACGGUAGGACUCCGUCUGCUGCUAAUGGCCUGGAGCUCAACUAUUGCCGUAAUCCGGACAGUGACCCCAACGGACCCUGGUGUUACACCACUGACCCUGAUCACAGAUAUGAGAGCUGCGACAUUCCCCAGUGCAAAGACGAGGUUUGCAUCACUUGUAAUGGAGAAGACUACAGAGGUCAGAUGGAUCACACAGUGAGCGGGAAAGAGUGUCAGAGAUGGGACCAACAGUCUCCGCAUCAACACAUCUACCAGCCAGAGAAGCAUCCUGAUAAAAGUUUGGCUGAUAAUUAUUGUCGUAACCCGGAUGCGUCUCCGGUGCCCUGGUGCUACACCACCGACCCGACGUUGGAGAGAGAGCGCUGUGAUAUUCGCAAGUGCCCUGAGUCUCCCAAGCAUCAUUCUCACUCCGGCUACACCACUGAUUGUUUUCAGGGUCGUGGAGAAGAUUACAGGGGCAAAGUGAACGAAACAAGCUCUGGAAUCCCCUGUCAGCGCUGGGACGCCAAGAAACCACACAAACACCAAUUUUCCCCCAAAACCUAUGAGUGCAAGGGUCUGGAGGAGAACUACUGCCGUAACCCGGAUGGUUCAGAGGCGCCCUGGUGUUUCACGUCUCUCUCGGCGAUGAGGACGGCUCUCUGUCUGCAGAUCAAACGCUGUGCUGAUGACAUUGAGGCAGAAGAUUGCUAUAAUGAAAUUGGCAAAAAACUAUCAGGGGUGUUGUCCGCAAGACACGUAAAGGUAUUCUCUGCCAGAAAUGGAGUGUCAAUACACCUCACAAAACCAAGAUAAACCCCAAAAACACAC